UCGGCGCCCUGGCUGCCGCCAUGUGGACGCCCCCUGCCGAGCUCCGCACCCAGACCCAAGCCGGCGAGGAGCUGAGCCCGAGCGUCGUAAGUGCGGAGGAGACCCUCAGCUCCUGCACGGGGGAGGUGCUGACUUCCCGUUCUCUCGGCGCCCGGGGAGGACGGCAGCCCGGGCCGCAGACCUCGGAGAGCGGACGGGAGGGCGCAAGCUGGGGGCCGGCGGACGAGCGGGCUGCGCUCUGCCACUUCCUCGCUCGCGCGCGGAAGCAGAGUGAAAGGUGGCUCGCUAACCUCCGGGGCAAAGGGGCUGAUUAUGAAAGGUGCCGGUCAGCCAGCGACCUUUCCUCGGAAACCCCUCGGCUGUCCGAGGAAGAACGGAAGGCCCUGCAGUCUUUUUGUACCCUUAAAGUCGAUCUGCUCCGUCACAGAGUGGACACCAAGGCGAAGAGGAGCAGUAGACCUAGGAAGCCACAGCUCAGAUGGGAUGUAGAGACCGCAGAGGGAGAUGACUUACAUUGUACUGUUCCUGAUGAGCUUUUGAGUAGAAUCUAUGUAAAAAACACGCGGGCAGCACUGAAACAAAUGUCAGAGGCUAAGUUUCACACUACUUCUCAGUGCCCCGACUGUAAUAGCAAAAGAGCGGAGCUGGCUCAAUAUGACUUCCUGAAACGAAAGACAACCUUACUACAGUCACUACUUCUCCAAGAAAAAAUAGAUGACCAUCUUUAUACCACAGACUUUCUCGCUCGUGUUGGAGAAGCACUUCAGGGCCUGCCCAGGCUUUCAGACGAUCCCAGAUUAAUCUGGAAAAGACUCAAUGAGAAAACUCAGGUUGGAGACUCUGGUUUUGAAUGGGCAGAUGCAAAGCAGAAGAUGUAGCAAGAUGAUAGUACUGCUUGUCACCUGUCUUUUUUCCUGCCACUUCUUAAGCCGUUUUUCUAACCGAACAGGACACUAGGAUCCAUUAAUGAUGAAACACAAUGUGCACAGAUAGUUCUGUUGUAUAUUUGAAUAAUAGCCACCAUUUAUCCAGAAAAAUUGGAAGCACAUAUAAGACUUUCUUAUGCUUCCUUUACAGAAUUGAGAACUAAAAAAGUUCAAAACAUUUUUAGAUUACAUAACACAAUUGGAAUAAUUACAAAGCUUUUACAACCCUGAGAAAGAUAUUGGUAGCUUGGAGUACAGAGAAAGGAAGUACAGAGGUGUAAGAAAUACUUAGGGAGUGGUAAAUGACUGGCUUCGGCAAAGAAAUGGCUAUGAGGGCUUAGUAAAAACCAAACAUUAAGAAGACACUAAGAUUCCGACUUAUAUAUACGUGACUAGGUGAUAGUUUCUUUAAGAUAGGAACACUAGAAGGCAGCCGUGUUUGGUGGGAAUGAACAAGAAUAUAAUGACUUGGACAUGAGCCCAAAUAAGGUGUAUUGGAGACAUGUACAUUGAAAGGGUGCAGAAGCAAGUUGGUUGUACUUGUCCAGAUAUUAGAAAUAAAUAUGGGGGGGGGGGCAGGUAGGGAAAUCACUGGUAGCUAGUCAAAUUGUAACCCUAGAUAUGAGCUUUCUUAGAACAGAAGCAGAGGAAUAGCAUCCGUUUUUGAACAUGUAGAGGAGAAUGAUAUUGCAAAACUUAAUGAGAAAAAAAAUCUUAAAGGAAAUCAGGAGUGUGGAGUGAUCAAGGAACAGAGAGAUCACAGAGACUCAGUCCUGUGUUAGGCAUUGUAGACCUUACUAGUAUUUCACUUUUAUUACUAAGCUAUGUGAUUUUUGUGUGCAUAUGUGUAUAUGUGUGCGGGCACAUGUGUAUGGGUACAUUGCUUAUUGCAUAUGGAAACACUAUUGGGUGUCCUUUAUUGUUCUCUACCUUAUUUUUUUGAGGCAGGGUCUCUCAACCUGGAGUUCAUCAAUUUGGCUUGACUGUCUGGCCAGUAAGCCUGAAUGAUCCACUGUCUCUUUCUCCUGAGUGCUGGCAUUACAGGCUUGCUGCCAUGCCCAGCCUUUUUUUUUUUUUUUUAAAUAUUUUUGCUUGUUUAAUUGAAAGAGAGGGAGAGAGAGGGCAUGCCAGGGUUUCCAACCACUACAGACAAACUCCUUAUGUAUGUGCCAUCUUAUGUAUCUAGCUUACUCGGGUCCUUGGGACUCAAAUCUUGGUCCAUUCAUUUUUCAGGUAAGUACUUUAACCACUAAUCCAUGUCUCCAGCCCCUAUGCCCAGCUUUUUAUGUGGGUGUUGGGAAUCUGAACUCAGGUCCUUAUGAUUGCACUUCACUGACUGAACCAUCUCCCAGACUCUAUUUCACUUUUAACAUGAGGUAGAAAUGUAAAAUAAGGAAUUAAUAUGAAUAUAUUUUUAAAGUUUUCAGAUAUGUCCAACCUGAGACCUGUGGGCUGCACGUGGCUGAGGAUAGCUGUAAAGUAUGCAGUUAACACUUAACUGAGUUAUUUAAACUUACUUAAAGCAUUAUGAGCUUAAAAAUUUUUUUUUCUAACUGACUUGUGUAGUUCUCAAUUGAGAAGUCUGUAGAUGGCUGUAUUUGGUGGCAACAUCAAAAGAUGGCACAUGUGGCUUGAGAGAAGAAAGACCUGAAACUGGAGGUAGGCAUGGACUGAAAGCCUUUAUGGUCCUAGAAGUUUUAUGAAACUUCUGUUACUCAUCCUAAUUUCCAUUCUAAGGAAAUAGAAUAAUUCCUUGAAGAAUACCCUGUCAUUUAUAGGAAAAUAGUAUAUACCAUCUAAUAAAACAUCUUUAUGAUUCAUCAGUAAAAACAAGUCCUAGACUUAGUGCCAUUGCAGGAUGUUUUCCUACAUGUCAAGUGCCUAAUCUAUGUUAGUGAAACAGAAAUUUGUUUACAGAAAAUUAGUACAAAAGAGCCUUUGUAUCAUAUUCCAGUUUUGCUCUUUGAGUUAAGCCUUCAUUUAUGUAUGAAGAUGAUCUUUUCCCUAUAAAAUUUCCUGUUAGUCAUUCUUAAAUAAAAUGGAAAAAUUAUUGCCAUUUAUAUAAUUUCUGCACUGCAGUCCACAUUAUGUCAUAUUUAACCCUUGGCCUUAUAAUAUGUUCACAUUUUACAUAAUCAAGAUUCAGAAUAAUUUUCCAUCUAGAAUUCCUAACAUUAAAGCCCAAGCUUCACCUCAUUAGUCAACCACUCGAGAAAUCUCAGAUCCUCCUCCUUUGGUCCUCCUCUUUAAUAUGCUCAACCCCAAGUUAUUCUUUAUCAACGUCAUCUAGCUACGACUUCUUUCUUGAUAUCCCUGUCCUCAGUAUCUUUGGCCUCUUGUUCCAACUUUCUCCACUCUGCAUGCUGUUUCCCAUUUUUCAGUUAUUUUCCAAUACACAAAUCUGUUGAAGCAAUUCUUUUAAUAAAAAAAAUAGAAUUGGGGCUGGAGAGAUGGCUUGGCGGUUAAGCUCUUGCCUGUGAAGCCUAAGGACCCCGGUUCGAGGCUCGGUUCCCCAGGUCCCACGUUAGCCAGAUGCA